AUGGCGUUGCUGGUCGAAACUCAUGGGCACAGCCUUGACUGCCAGGCUGGCCCAUCGCGGCCGGCGACGACCGCAACAAGCACGCUCUACAUAGAUCAUGCGUGUUACUUGGAGCAACCCGAAGCUACUUCCUGGUUCAGCAACCACGACAAAACGAUACCGGACGAUCAGAGCCACCAGCACGAAUCGAACUCCCAACAGACGCUGGAGAGUUGCUAUGUGGAAACCCUCUGGCUCGGAGAGCAUCACACGGGACUAGCCCAUUUUCUCAACUGCAUUGACCGCCUCAGGUCGUCGCACGAUCUGGAGGAUGUCUUGCUGGGUCUUUGCCAGCUUACCAGAUCCAACAGCGCCAUCUCUCGCCGCCACAAAGUCAUUGCGAGCAAGCUGUUUCCAGGCCUGAACCAGUCAAGCGCGACUUUUGGUGAGCACACUCCGACAGAAUACGAGUUGAUGCUUGCUCAGCGGACUACAAAGGCAGUGGCUUCUGCUGCUACUUCCGGGGAGACGGACCUGCUCCGCGACCGCCUGGUCUCGUCCAUGGAGAGUCGCGAGACCCAGCUGCAAAUCUUGAUCACCAUGUGCCUGUUGCAUAUUGCUUCGCAGGAUCCGAGAGCUUUGGAAGCCGCGCGCGCUCGUAUGACCGUAGUCAGCUCUUCUCAUAUCGUCGAGGACACUGCGACAAGCGUCAACAUGGCCCCGGAGCCUGAGGCCGACAGCGAACAGCCGCGGAAGCGAUCGCGAAAGCUCGAAAAGGCCAAGCGUUGGAGAGGUACACGGCCGAGCUCUGAGUCGAGCGACGCGUUUGCAUGGAACCAGCAAGUGCGCAGACGGCUCGCAACCGACUCGUCGCACGAUGACGCCGAAGGCGGAGAGGGCGAGCUUCUCGAGAUCAAGGGAGGAGAGGUGCUGGCAGUGGAUCACCUGAGCAAGAGGCUCGAAGCGUUGGUGGACAUCCUCUGUCUACGACAGGUUGCUUCCGGUAUCGGCUCAGAGAUCGGCGACCUGCUCUCGGAUAUGGGCGCCGAAACAAUGUCUGACGGCAAGGAUGUCCCAUCGAAAGCGAAACCGAAAGCAAUGCUGUUCGGUUCAGCGUUGCGCAAACUAAUUGAAGACGAUGAUAUGGACGACGCGCAGUGGCUUUGUUCGUGCGUAGUGGAACCGCACUUCGAGGCGAGCCUGCCGCGGCAAUGCUCGCUGUUCAGGAGCAAGUGCUUCGUGUCUCUCCAGUCGCGAACGCCGGCGCGACCAAGCAAAAGCGCUCGCCCAGCAUCGUCGGGUUCGCCACCGAUGCGGGCACCCAAGAGGAACACAAGCUUAGCAGCGGUCGGAGCGUCCACGAUGUCUUUGUCGGGGAGCGGGCUGUCUGAUGUGCUGGAAAAGGAGCAGGUGGGAAGAAGGGUCAAGCGAAACGUCUUGGCCGAGCGAUCCAGCAUGCUGGGCCGCGGACGGGAAGUAGACAUGGGGCGAAGACUGUCUCGUAGCGUCAGUGCGAACCUUGGGCCUGGUCACCAGAUACGCGCUUCCACGGGCGUGUUCUCGCGAAGCAGCACAAACGCUAGCUUUACUCAGUCCGUCAGCACACUUGCUCCGCGCGCCGUGAAAGCAGAGGCGGCAUCACAGAGGAUCGACAUUGCAGGAAGGACAAGCAACGCACGGCCGGCAGCUCUCGUUCACAAACCUUCCCUCGCAGCUGCGGCUACGCACGACGGAGGGUCGUCGGGUAGCGGAUCAAGGCCAUUCCUGGUCAUGUCGACCCCGCAGAAGGAUUCGGGGAGCAAAACGAUGAACGUGAGCCUGAACCACUUGUCUCACAUCGACACGCCCAAGCUGGUGUUUCCCAGCAACAGUCUGGUGAUGGAAUCGCCUACGCAGGAUAACUCGCACAUGUUUACGCAACGGACGCGCGUGGCAGAGCGGUGCGCUUCGUUUGCUGGACGGACGAGCUUUGCGCUGAACCGAUCGCCUUCUCCCGUAUCUAUAGCCUUCGAUUCCGAUGUCGAUGAUUGA